UUAUACCGGAAAUACUAUCUCGUCAUAAAGAUUGUUUGGUUAUUCGCAGCCAUGAAGAUGACAGGCGAAAACAGUUCUGGAAAGUCGGAAAUAACAAUGGAUGAUGUAAAAAACCUUAUUAAAAAGAAAGAUGAAAUUGAAGAGCAGAUAAAAGCCUAUUACGAUGUUUUGGAAGACCAAGGUGUCGGUGUGGACGACCCCUUGGUUGACGAAGAGGGCUACCCGCGAGCAGAUGUUAAUUUAUACCAGAUCAGGACAGCAAGACACAAUAUUUCAUGCCUGCAGAACGAUCACAAGGCCAUCAUGGUGGAGAUAGAAGAAGCCCUGCACAAGUUGCAUGCUCGAGAGAAAGCCAAGCGGGAGCAGGAUGAGGCAGAAUCCAUGGAGGAGGCGAUGGAGCAGCAGGUCACUCUUCCUCCUCCCUUUGCACGGGUGGAUGCUGUGACACAAGGCUCACCCGCCUGUGGAGCUGGUCUUAGAGUUGGUGAUGAAGUCAUUGAGUUUGGUUCUGUGAACACAGAGAACUUUCAGAACCUCCAGAAUAUUGCUUCUGUGGUCCAACACAGUGAAGGGAAACCACUGCGUGUCACAGUCAUCCGUGAUGGCCAGAGAGCUCAGAUGAGCCUGACUCCACAGCGAUGGUCAGGCAGAGGUCUGCUGGGAUGCAACAUUGUUCCAAUCCAUCGGUGAUCACCAUGACAUGAUGCAGUGUUUCAAUUGUGAAACCCCCUCUCCACUUAUGAUGCUCCUGGAUGGAUUCAAAUGGACUUUUAUACAUACUGCAGACAUGUUCAGCUGUUGAAUUACCAGUUUGUUAAUCAGCACUAUAAGUCUUUCCUUCAUACAAAGGCAGUGUUCAGAACGGUAUGCUGCGUUUACUAAAUGACAGAUGAAUAAACAUUUCUACCAUAUACUUAUAUGAUUCAAACAACUGAACAUUUCCAUUAGAAGUUGAGGGAGCUCAGGAACAUGGAUUCAGUCAGGAAAUGUUACCGCAGUCGGUCUGUUUAAUUCAUCUGUAUCAAGUGUGAAAGUGGUAUUUUUGGUGCAAGAGUAUCGCUGAAUAUCAACUGGAUUAACUGAGGGUAUCUAUAACAAAAUCUAUGAAAAUCUGGAGUAGCUGUUGAAUCUGCAGUGAUCUGAAGUGGUGAACUGACACUGAAAAAUAAAGACUGGAGGCUUCAAUCAUCAA